AAAGGGACCGACACGGCUUUAUACCUCGGCUUUUUCCUCCGAAAUGUCAUCCUCGGGCGACUCCUCCUGGCUGUAGAGGUCCUUGCCACCAUCCUGGCCGUCGACGGGGGCGGAGCCGAAGGUGUACCUGCACGAGUUAUCAGGGCGGCGAGAGCGCAAAGGAGACGACGCGGCAGGUCGAUGGUGCUGUCUGAGUGUUGGACUGGGACAUCAGGGAAGCGUCGCGAGCCUGGCGAGCCGGGACACGCGAAGGUAGCAUGUCAUACAGGUCGGCCUCGGUCCGGGCUUGAUGCGAGGAGAUGCUGUGCGGCAGGCGUUCGCGAUGAGAUGGCGAUUAGUACGCAUCGGCAGCUAGCACCAGACGCUGGCGAGGGCGGCGAAGGCGCAAUCCUCCAUGUUGGAAAGGCGUCCAACAGACGCAACUGGAUCCAGGCGAAUUGUUGUCCAUGUUGAGUGUCCAGGAGCGCACUCAACAAGGUCUGGUUGGUGUUGCAGCUGUUGGUUCGAGGGGGGCGCGCAGGAAUUGCCGUUGAGGACGAGCCGGUUAUCGCGCCUUGAGGACGGCGCUGGAGAGGUUCAACUCGGCUUCGAUGCGCAUGCAAGGAAC